GCGACGAAGCCAGUUAACCCACGGUGGUCGAACGAACCAGUCAGAAGCUUAAUUUGAGCUAUUAAAUAUAAAAAACGACAGCCAUGAGAGGAUAUAACCUGUGUGUCGUUUUGAUAGCAGCCCUCAUUGUCGGCCAGCUGGACAGCACUAUGGCAACAAUAUGCUACAACUGCACCUCAACGGGAUCAGAUGGAAAUUGCCUAUUGAACCCCAGUGCCGAGGGUAUUGAAACUUUCAAUUGCACUGGUAAUUGCUAUACCAGCACAGAUCGUAACGGCGUCCUAAAGCGUGGCUGCUUGGACGCUACACCGAACUGCUCCGAACCCACUUGCUCGUCCUGCGACGGUGAAAAAUGCAAUUCGAAUUUGCUGUGCCAGCAGUGCCUCGGCCUGGCGGAGUGUGCUCAGACCAAUGUGACGGAGGCGAAGUACAAUGCAGUGUGCGCCGCCGGCGAAGUCUGUGUGAACCAGGUGAAUGACAACCAGACGGUGACCCGUCAGUGUGGCCCCGCUUGUGCCGAUGGAGUGGCGGACACCAAGUGCCUCUCCUGCACGUCGUCGCUGUGCAAUAAGGGAGUCUUCCCCGCCAACCGGCGGCAGUGUUAUAACUGUACCGGAACCGAAUGCGAAACUGACUCGACGGUCAUUGGAUGUAGCCAAACCGAUGCCCAGUGCUUCACAACGGGAACGUCUGCGACCAACAUGACCCGUGGCUGCACUUCGGCCACCACGGCGAUCAAGUGCGAGGUCGAUAGCACCGAUUCCAGUUGCCUUCUCUGCGAUUCGGACUUCUGCAACAAUGUGGCGUACCAGAGGGAUGCCGGAUCCUGUAUGGUUUGCGAAAACUGUUCGAGCCAGCAGAAUGCGACCCAGGGGUCACCCUGCGGCUUGGUAACCUACCAACAGGCGAUCGGCUGCUACACAAUAACUUUCGGCGCCACGGUCAAGCGAGGAUGUUUGAGCAGUUUGGAAGGAGAGUGCACCGAGGCCAAUUCAUGCACAUCCUGCACGACAUCUAAUUGCAAUGUGGCCGCCGAGGCUUUCAAGUGCAUCGCCUGCAUCUCCAAUCAGAUUGAUGGCUGCUGGACUCCAAAUGCACCGGCUAAUGAGACCUUUGUCACCUGCCCCAGCGAAAAAUGCUUUAGUGGAGUCUGGAAUAACCUUGCGGUGCGAGACUGUUUUAGCGCCGCUAGUCAAUUGAUGCAGUACCAGUGCGAUGCCGGAAUAAAGGACUAUCAGUGCACAACGUGCUCAGAGUCCGGGUGCAACAAGAAUAAACUCAACGGAGCCUCCUCCCUCAGCCAGAUGGGAGUGGUCGGUCUGCUGAUGGCCCUCAUGCUAACCCUUCGCAGUGCCCUUUAAGCCUGGAACCUCAGAGAUACUAGCCUUAUCUAUUCAAGUUAUCAGGUCGCUGGGUCCAUGACUAAUGCUGGCUUAUGUAGAGCAACAGACCAAAAGAAAUCAUAAUUUCUAACUAAUUAGGAAUACUUUUAUUUCCAAAAUAAAAAAAUAUGUAAAUAUAAAUAUUUUUAAGGCUUCUUACAGUUCUGAAAUUAUUAAAAAGGUCAAAUCCUUUUUUCAGACGGUGUUGUCGGUACAAGAUUGGUAAAAACUGUUAGAGCUUAUCAAAAUGGCAAAAAACAUUAUCAGAUUAUGAUAACAGCUUAUCAAAAUAAUUAUUAAUAUUAAUGCGCAUUGUUUUCUGUCUAUAAAAAUGCAUAUAUACAGACUCUAAUAAAAAUUCUUUACAAAAGUCUUUGGAAUCAAAUGGUGGAAAAAACUUAA